GACAUAUUGUAAAACGAAAGAUAAGAAUCCUAACGGAACGGAACCUUCUCAGUAGUUCCCACCGUUUAUUUUCCCCUCUCUCCUCCAUUUCGAUUUGGAGGGAUUUACGUUUCAUUUCCAUUCUCCCACCUAAAAAGGAACGUCUCUCUCUCUCCGUCUCUUCCCGUGGUUUUAUGCUUCUCCAUUUCAGGGGUCUCCAUAACCAAUAUUCUUCAAGCUUCAACAAACAUCGAAACCACAUCUGUUCUGGGAAUCGUCCUGAUUCGGCGUUGGCACCAUCACGAUCGAGGUUCCCAGGUUUCAUAGUCGUUAAACAGAGAGAGCUCUGAGGCUGACAGAGAAGCUCCGUAGCAAUCACGGAAAACGCGCGCGCGAGAGAGAGAGAGAGAGAGAGAGAGAGAGAGAGAGAGAGAGAGAGCGCUAUAUUGAUGGAGAAGUGGGCGGCGAAAAAGAAGAACAAAGAACCAGAGGACCAGUUCCAGCGUUUGCCAGAUGACGUCGUACUCAACAUCUUCGACAAGCUCUCCGACAUCCAAUGCCUCUGCAGAUGCGUCAUUGUCUCCAAGCGAUUCUCUUCCCUCAUCCCUCUCGUCCAAACAGUCUCUAUCGAAAGCAAAACCUGGAAUUCUAAAUAUGAUCGCAAAAUUGUUCCCUGGAAUUCUAAAUAUGAUCACGGAGGAACUUUUCCCCUCGGAUAUCUCUCAGCAUCCUUAAUAACCAACUUGGUCUUCAGACCCCUUCGAGGGCUCCACAAUCGCACUCUCUUUCCUACUUCUCCUCGGGAUGUUUCUGGAGUCAUGUUCCUCACUAGAUUAACACACGUUCGAGCUCUCAACAUUGAGCUUCCCUCUGCUUUCGUGGGUAACAAUGAUUCUGUUUUCAAAUGGGGUGCCAAAUUCACCCCAAAUCUUGACAGUGUCACAUUUCUCUAUGCAUCAUCUCUCUCUAAAAUGAUGGAAUCUGAACAACAAGACGAAUCUGAAGAAGAAGAAUCUGAAUCUGAAUCUGAAGAAGAAGAAGAAGAAGAGAUGGAAACUGAACAAGAAGACGAAUCUGAAGAAGAAGAAGAAGAAGAAAUGGAGAAUUGGAUUACUUAUAGGGAGCGAAAUCGCCGACUACUUAUAGCCAUUGACUGCAUCAAAGAUGCAGUGUUGUGGCUAGGGAUCUUGUGUUUUGUCUCGCAUGGCCCGAUGCUUCAGAGCGUUACCAUCAUCGAUUCAAAGAAAAAGGGUGUGAAGCUCUGUUUGAGCGGUGAAAAGCUUGUGGAAUGCAGGAAUACAUUCAGUAUGUGCAGGAUGAAUUCGUUGUCAAACAUGGGUAGGUCAUGGACGCUAGAGAAUAUGAAGGUUGGGUAUGUGCCUGUUUUACAACUGCCAAUGUCCGAGUAUGUGAUGAAAGGGGUGACCAUUGUUAACUACAAAAUGUUCGCUGAUGAUGAUUAUGACGCCUCUAAGGCCAUGGUGGAUGCUUUUGCUGAGGAACAAGAUGUGUUUUCAGAAGCCGUGGUUCAGAUUCAGGAAAAACACAAGGACUGUUUGACCAAUGUAUUGUUCUAGAACUCAAAGUUGAUGCUAAAUCUGAAUUAUGUCUUUAGUUGCUGCUGUUAUUACUGCUUUAAUUUUACUUGCCAAUUCAGAAGCUUCUCCUACAUUGCUAGUCUACAAUUCUGCAAUGCUAGUCAGUUUAGUGAUAAAAUUUUGUGAAUUGUUCCAAAUGUGCCUACAGUGUUUGUUGAAUUUUGAAGUGAAUUGUUCCAAAUGUGCCUACAGUGUUAGUUGAAUUUUGAAGCAUUCUGCUUUGAUGUUAUGGUUGACGGAAUCUUGAAUC